CCGGCCGCCGACGCCAUGAGCAAACAGAGUAUCUGUCAGGGGAGAGCUGCUGUGAUGGUUUACGACGAUGCCAACAAGAAGUGGGUGCCAGCUGGUGGCUCCACAGGGUUCAGCAGAGUCCACAUCUAUCACCACACGGGCAACAACACGUUCAGAGUGGUGGGCAGGAAGAUCCAGGACCACCAGGUCGUGAUAAAUUGUCCCAUUCCUAAAGGGUUGAGGUAUAAUCAAGCUACACAGACUUUCCACCAGUGGCGAGAUGCUAGACAGGUGUAUGGCCUCAACUUUGGCAGCAAGGAGGAUGCCAAAGUCUUCGCAAGUGCCAUGAUGCAUGCCUUAGAAGUGCUGAAUUCACAGGAAGCAGGGCCAACAUUGCCUAGACAGAAUUCACAACUACCUGCUCAAGUUCAAAAUGGCCCAUCCCAAGAAGAUUUGGAAAUUCAGAGAAGCCAACUGCAAGAACAACAACGACAAAAGGAGCUGGAGAGGGAAAGAUUGGAGAGAGGGAGAAUGGAAAGGGAAAGGUUGGAGCGGGAGAGGCUGGAGCUGGAGCUGGAGCUGGAGCUGGAGCAGGAGCGCCUGGAGCGCCUGGAGCGCCUGGAGCGCCAGCAGUUCGAAUGGGAGCGCGAGCUCAGAGUCUCCCGUGCUGCUGCCCCUGCCUCAAGGGAGACUUCUCUAAACUCUGUGCUGGGAGACUCCUCUGCUUCUGAGCCAGGCUUGCAGGCAGCCUCUCAGCCAGCAGAGACUCCAGCCCUGCAGGGCGUUGUCUUGGGACCACCUGCACCUCCACCCCCUCCUCCCCUCCCACCAGGACCUAUCCAGGCCCCAGCUCCCCCUCCUCCCCUAGGACUCCCACCGCCACCCCCACUACCAUCAUGUGGGCCUCCUCCUCCCCCAACCCCUCUGCCCAAUCAGGCCCCCCCUCCUCCCCCUCCUCCUGCCCCACCACUCCCUGUGGCUGGAUUUUUCUCUGGACCUGUGUCAGAAGACAAUCGCCCUUUAACUGGACUUGCAGCUGCAAUUGCUGGAGCAAAACUUAGGAAAGUGUCAGGGAUGGAGGAUGCCUCUUUCCCUAGUGGAGGGAGUACCACUGCUGUGAACUCAGCCUCCUCCAAAGCUGACUCCAGUCAAGGGAAUGGGCCCCUUCCUCUAGGUGGCAGCGGCUUAAUGGAAGAAAUGAGUGCCCUGCUGGCCAGGUGGAGAAGAAUUGCUGAAAAGGGAUCAACAAUAGAAGCAGAACAAAAAGAGGACAAAAGUGAAGAUGCUGAGCCUGGAACUUCAAAGGCCUCUUCAACACAUACACCUGAACCAACCAGAAAGCCUUGGGAAAGAGCAAAUGCAGUAAAUGGCAGCAAGUCCCCUGUCAUCUCCAGACGGGAUUCUUCAAGGAAAAAUCAGAUUGUUUUUGAUAACAGGUUCUAUGAUUUAUUACACAGACCAAAAUCCAGGCCCUCAUCACAGCCCAGUGCCAAUGGCAUCCAGACGGAUGGACUUGACUAUGACAGGCUGAAGCAGGAUAUUUUAGAUGAAAUGAGAAAAGAAUUGACAAAACUAAAGGAAGAGCUCAUUGAUGCAAUUAGGCAGGAACUGAGCAAGUCAAAUACUGCAUAGAAAAGCAAAAGGAGAGAGAGAGAACUUUAAUCUAGAGAGGAAAAAAAAUCCUACAAACAGUAACCUUUAGCAGCAAUCCCAUACGAUUCUGUGACUGUGAGAAGAAACUGGAGACAAGCAGUCAAAGGAGGAAAGCAGCGUCCUCGGAAAGCCUCAGACAUUGUGAUUCUGUGAUCGCCGUCCCUCCCUGCCGGCUGCUUUUCUCUGACCUUUCCCACGGAAUGGAAGA